UUGGCGAGCGAAGCUGACGUGCUUGACUCUGCUCCAGCAGUCACGCUCGACUUUGUUCAAAAUGGCGAACCAGAAUAAAAACAGUCGGCCUGUGAUCGUCAAUGUUAUGUCUGCUUGUGGGUCUACAAUACCACUGCAAGUGACGGAAGCAGAGUCAAAUCUCAUCGAAAAUGAUGAGGAGCUGUUGCAGAAAAUCAUAAGAGAGCGUGGCCCUGGCAGUAAGCAGGAUGGCCCUUCAGGUUCUGAUGCUGGUGACAUGGACUCAGGAGCUCAGGCAGAUAAUGAUACACCUGUCAUCAAAGGAGAAGAUUGCCAAGUUUGGACUCCCCCCCGCGUGAGAACACUGAUAGCUUUGUACAAAGAGCAUGCUCACCGGUUCGUUUCAGCGCACCGGAAACGGGACGUGUGGCAGCUCAUCACAGAGGAGCUCAAUGCUGCCUGUGGAACAAAUUUUGGUGCUGAUGAAGGCGAUCGAAAAUGGAGGAACUUAAAGAGCAGGUACAUGAUUAUCUUGGAAACGCUGAAGGAAACAGGCUACGCAAGGAACAAAAUGUGGAUGUAUUUCAGCGAGGUGGAAGAUGCUAUAAAUAGCAAUCCAGAGGCACAGCCCACAGCUCGGUAUCAUCGCCUCAAGCCGAACGAGAGAGUGAGUGCGGCCUCCUCACCCAGCCCACCCUCGUCCCCCGAAGCGUCUUCCCCUAAACAUUCGGACGCCCCAGCGUGGUUUCUCGCGAUGUUUCACGAGUUUGAAGAACGCUCGGCUCGUCGCCACGAGGAGCACAUCCGGGUGCUGCGGAAGCAUCGGAAGACGGAGAAGAAGAGGAACAAGCUGCUCAAGCAAAUUGUGGAGAAGAUGACACCCUAUCUUGACGACCCCAAAAGCUGACCUUUCCUCUUUCUCAGGUGGUACUGCUGCUCCUCUCAGGGAUGUGGGGUUCUUUUCCCCCUUGUGAUAUGUAAGUUGCGGGUUCGAUUCCUGCACAGGGGAAGUCAUAUUUGAUUGAAUGCUUGAAUGAAUGCUUCCUAUCUUUGCCGAGAUACUGAAGCCAUCCAAGUCCUGUGUUGGUACUGAUAGACAGGCUUGAUGCAGCCUGCCUUCUAAAUGAUCUUAGUUUGUGCCAAUAGGGAUGUAAUACAUGGUCAAUUUUUACUUUCUCUCCCGUACACAAAUGCCCUCCUUUGAGGGUCAAAUUGCAGGGUAUUUUUUAAAAUGCAGAUCACAUACAUAGCCACUAAAACUGUCGCAAAUCAAUUAUUUUAGUGCCC